AUGAACACGGCAGAAUCCCUCAACGAAAUAUGCAGAGUUCUUGAGCGAGGAGACUGGAGGUCUACCAAGACUCUCACCAUUCGCAACGCUGAGUGGCCAAUCUGUUCAAGAGCAGAAUGGGCAACACACCCGUUACUUCAUGGGGGGAAAGAACAAUGGCUGGAUGUCUUUUCUUCGGCUGCCUGCGACAGAGCAUUUUUGAACCUAGCAUGGCAGCCGUCAAGCAGCCCUCGUUAUCUGGCUUUGGUCAACCGAAUUUGGUUACGGCCUUCUUUCAAGAGAGGAACCAGAUUUGCAACAAAACGGCUUCUACCUGCACUCAAUCAAUUCCCUCGCAUCAUCUCACUCGACAUAGAAGGGAACUUUGAGGCCUUCGCCCCGGCCUACAACGUUGAUCACAUUCGGCAACUAAAGAUCCAAUCUGUAGAGGUUGACCCGCUGCGCAAAUACGACCUAACAGAUUUCCUCUCUGCUUUCAAAAAUCUCGAGAGCCUCACGAUUCGAAUCGAUGACACGUCACCCUUCACCUCAGUGCCGCUCGAUUGCCUUCACCUACCACAUCUCAAGUCUUUUCACAUCGAUAACAUGACAGUUUCGGAGACUUCGCUCUUCUCUUUCCUCCGGAAGCACUUGCAGGGAAUGGACUUCACUUUUAUGAACAUGAAUAUCUGGGAUGGUGACUGGGAGUCAGUGGUUGGGAAGCUGGGUCAGCUUGAUUCGAUAAAGCCCUUCUUGGAAGAGGAACUUGUCGAGUGUAUUGGCCCUAAGCAUUUCCUCGCAUGUGUUCAAAUUAUCUCAAAGCGUGCUAGAAUCACCAGCGAGGAUGAGGCACCACCAGCACGGGAUGAGGCGCCACCAGUGCCCCGUCAAAAUAACGUCUCUGAUUCAAAAGAUGGAGAUAAGGAACUAUUAGAGAGAUGGAAAAAAUAUCGCGAGAAUAACCUCUAUGAUCCGGAAGAUGAGAAGAAAGAACCACUGGAGAGAUGGAAAUACUUCAACAAACAAUUAGUCAAUUCAGUCGCGGGCAGCUCGAAAGAGGACAUCCGUAAUCGGCGGCGUAAGAUGAAAGAGAAGCACGUCCUUUACGAAAACAAUUCAGAUGCCUCAGAGCGUACCAAUCAGCAUAAGAGGAUCAAAAAGGAUGGUUCUGGAACCAGAAAGAAAAAGGUUAAUGAGGAUCAUUGUCAAGGUGAUCCCAUAAAGAAGAAGAGAAAGCGAUGA